AUAUAGACAGCCGACCCCGAGCGCACACACCGAGCAACAAAUCUAAAUGAAUUGUUCAUGAUCUGUGGUCGGUUAUCUCGUUAAACCAGCAGAAGAAAAGUCCUAGCGACGGGACAACUUAGUUCUGAACAAGAGGAAAACCCGUCAAAAUAAAGAGACGUAAAGAGGCGUUUACCUAAACGCUGAUUGGAUAACUUCGCCCGCAAUAAAUCACGUCUGAUUUGCCAUUGAAGCCGUUAAAGAACUUCCGGAGCAUUUUUCCACUUAGCGGAAGAAGACUGUAACUCUUGGAAGCAUGGCGGCGCCCGCACAGAAGAACAACAAACCAGGGAAACCUGUGGGAAAAGAGGCACAGCCUCUUAUAAUAGCGAAGACACCGGCGGAGGAACAGCGUCUGAAGCUGGAGAAGUUGAUGCGAAACCCGGAUAAACCUGCUCCGAUCCCAGACCGACCGAAAGAGUGGAACCCGCGGGCUCCGCCAGAGUUCGUCCGGGAUGUGAUGGGUUCCAGCGCGGGUGCAGGCAGCGGCGAGUUCCACGUUUACCGGCACCUCCGCCGCAGAGAGUACCAGAGGCAGGACUUUCUGGACAAGAUAUCAGAGAAGCAAAAUAAGGAUGACGAGUACCUGAAUAAACUGGAGCAGAACAAACAGUCAGCUGAAGAGAGGACGGCGAAGCGGCGGAAAAAGCGAGAGAAGCUGAAGCAGAAAAAGCUGCUGGUGAAGAAAGCUAAACUUGAGGCUAAAAGCAAGAAGGAAGAGGACAAGAGCUCCGACAGCGACGACGAAGAGGAGGAGGAGCAGGAGCAAGAGGAAGAUGAAAGAGAAGCUGAGGAUGAUGCAGAAGCGCCUAGCUUCAUCAUGGGGAAGAAAUGAAACUGCGAAUCUUAGACCGCUGUAUUCUUGUCAGGCUCAUUGCUGAUGGGACACCAGCGCUGCUUAGAGGCUUUGAGGAUGGAGAUUAUUUGGAUCUGAUCUGCUGCAAAGAUUAAAAACUUUGCCAUUUAUUAGCAGAGACACCACGUGGACUGCCUAGUUUAGUAGGCAGGAGGAUCCACAACGGGAAUGAUUGUCAGACACAUUGUUCACUGUAGUUAUUCAUUAUGCUUUGUUGUCAUAUUUUAGUAUGUCAGGUUUGUCUGCAGGGACAUUUUGAAUUGGCAUAAAGCUAAGAAUUCUAACGUGGGAAUAAUCUAUAAUUUAAUGUGUUAAAUAUUUUUUAAUAAAAUUGCAUAAUAAAACA